CUACAAUGGCACAAAUUGUACAUAUGCGUGUGUAUAUUCAAGUAUCAUUAAAAUAAUUUCAGUGCACGAACUCGACGGAUAUCAAUGUAAAUUAUUAGAUCUGCAAACAAGUCCGACAGUUUUGUUUAUACUGCGCUUAAAGCUUUGUUUGAUAAAACUAAUCAUGGAGCGGUGCAUGUCUUUAAUUCUUGUUGUAUUCGCGUUGGUUUUGAGCGGAUUUGCGGAUAAAAUUGCUGUAAACGAUUGUGGUUCAGUAAAUGGUAAAGUAACAGAAGUUCGUGUUACGGGAUGCACUGAAGCAGACAAGCAAUGUAUUUUAAAAAGAAAUACAAAUGCAACAAUCGAAAUCGAUUUCGAAGCGAACAAAGACGCAGAUGAACUCAAAGUUGUCGUGCACGGAAUCAUUAUGGAUAUACACACACCAUUCCCAAUGCCAAAUCCAGAUGCGUGCAAGGACUCAGGCGUGGAAUGUCCGAUCGUCACAGGAAACAAAUAUGCGUUCUCAACCACACUACCAAUCCUGAAGGCUUAUCCCAGAGUUUCUGUGGACAUUCAAUUCGAAUUAAAAUCAGAUGAGGAUUAUGUCUGCGUGUUGAUCCCUGCCAAACUGCAUUAGUAAUGUAUAAAUAUUCAUUGUAUCUUUGUAACUAUGUUUGUCUGGAUGAAAACUAGCCAGUGAAUUAUAUGAAAGUAAAAUAAUCUGCGAAAAA